CAAAUUUUUCUGAAUAAUUUAAGAACAGGCCAACAAUCCAUAUUCCUGCUUUGCCCUUAUAACUCUGGUUUAAUCCAAUAAAAGCAGACCGGCCACUAAUGUAAAGUAAAGGGAUAAUGUUGUCACUCCAUGACUAAAAUAGAUUAUAUAUAAUGGCUGAUGUUAUUCAUCAGCUUUAUGAAGCUCUCGGUUAGUCAAAGCAAAGUCCGUAUAGCUUUCAGGUUCACGUGUUGAUAAGCUUUUACUCCGGUGGCAGUGAUAGACAUGGCUACAGACUCCGAUAAUGGAGCUUUCAUGGAAAAAAUUAUUCUGCAACCAGCCUCUUCAGAUAUUCAACUUCCCCUCCAUGCCCUCACUUUUGCUGUCAAAGACAUAUUUGAUAUUGAUGGAUUUGUAACUGGAUUUGGAAAUCCUGAUUGGGCAAGGACUCACUCACCUGCCACUUCAACAGCUCCAGCAGUUUUGGCUAUCUUACGAGCUGGAGCCAAAUGUGUUGGUAAAACUGUCAUGGAUGAAAUGGCAUACAGUAUAAAUGGAGAAAACAAGCAUUAUGGAACUCCAAGAAAUCCAAGUGCACCGGAUAGAGUGCCUGGAGGAUCUUCUAGUGGAUCUGCUGUUGCAGUUGGUGCAGGCCUUGUAGACUUCUCCUUAGGAACUGAUACCGGAGGAAGUGUAAGAGUCCCUGCAUCUUAUUGUGGAAUUUUUGGGUUUAGACCUUCUCAUGAUAUCAUUUCUACUUCUGGGGUUAUCCCUAUGGCACAAAGUUUUGAUACAGUUGGAUGGUUUGCUAGGGAUCAUGAGCUUUUGAAUAGAGUUGGACGUGUACUACUGCAAUUGCCACAAGUAGAUCCUAUCAGACCCUCUCAGUUGAUCAUUGCAGAAGACUGUUUCCAGCUUUCAACUACUCCAGGCAAUCUAAUCGUAGAAGGUCUAGCUAAAUCAGUAGAAAAGUUAUUUGGGGGCCAUCUCUUAAAAUAUGCUAACCUUGGGAACUAUGUCAUGGAAAAUGUUCCGAGCUUGAAAAGUUUUGUUAGUAAAGUAAAUGUAGAAGAACAAGAGUACAACAUUCCAUCUUUGGCGGCCUUAUCAAGCGCAAUGCGUUUGCUUCAAAGGUAUGAAUUCAAGAGCAACCAUGGUGAAUGGGUCAAAGCUGUCAAGCCUGAUUUAGGUCCUGGGAUAUCAGAACGUGUAUGUGAAGCUCUUGAGGCAACAGAUGAAAACAUCGAUGCCUGUGUCUCUGUGAAGACCGAAAUACGUGCAGCUCUUACUGAACUUCUUGGGGAUUUUGGUGUCCUUGCCAUUCCUACACUUCCCGGACCACCACCAAAACUACAGACACCUGCAAGCACUCUUGAAGUGUUUCGUGCAAGAGCGUUUAGCUUGCUAUCCAUAGCUGGAGUAUCCGGGUUAUGCCAGGUGAGCAUACCACUUGGGAAGUAUGAUAGCCUUCCUGUGUCAGUUUCCUUAUUGGCAAAGCAUGGCUCAGAUGGGUUCCUACUCAAUCUUGUUGAGACCAUUUACCAAACUCUCAGAGAACAAAUUGGAUUGUCAACCGAAUGAAACCUGUCUCUGCUUUCUUUUCUGAAAAAUGUUAGGGACACCUGUGGUCCUGGCCACCACAUUAGUACAAUUGUAGGUCAACAUACUACUACUAUUAUAUUACUACUAUUAUUUUCCUCUUUUUGAACUUUAUAUCAGUCCAAGUCUUUAACUAUGACUAAUACCAUGAAUAUAUAGCUGCAGUUCCUCAAAUGACUGCUUUGUCAAAGUAAUUUAUUUGAAUGAAAAUAAUUGGAGUAGUUAUAGUAAA